GGUGCCAAGGGAACACACAAGGGCACGUACGCGAAGCGCGUCGCGAAGCUGCUACAAGCGCCGCACGUCGUCGCCGGCGAACUGAUCCGACGCGAGAUUGCGGCGCGAACGCCCUUGGGUGUGCAGUUCGAGGCCACAAUCGCGGCCGGUUAUCUCCUCCCUGAUGACACGGCCUUCCGUAUGGUCGGUGCGCGGCUGGCGGCGCCGGACGUUGCGGAGGCGGGUGCAGUGCUCGACGGCUACCCGCGCACUGUCGAUCAGGCGCGCAGGCUGGACGAGGUGGCUGAUGUGGGCCUAGUCGUGAACCUCGCGAUGCGCGAGGACGCCCUCGUCGCCAAGCUGCUCGGCCGGUGCGCCUGCAGCAACUGCGGCCGCGGGUACAACUCCGCCACCGUCCACCUCUUGGCCGACUGCGCGCGCGGGCUGCCGACGGUGUCGCUGCGGCCGCUGCUGCCUCCUCGCGGCCGGUGCGAGGAGUGCGGCUGCGUGAGGAUGGAGCGCCGCGCUGACGACACGGCCGCAACCAUCAGCAACCGGCUGCGCGAGUACCAUAAGACGUGCUCGCCAGUCGAGGAGCACUACAGGGAACUCGAGGCGGCAGCACUAGGCGGCGGCGACGGCAGAGGCGGCAGAGGCGGAGGGCCGCCGUUGCGCGUCGUCGACUUCGAGAUUACGGCGGGCAUCCCAGAGACGCUGCCGAACCUGGCGCGCGCAAUGCUAGCCACCGGAGCGGUCAACGUCGGGGAUGGAAGCGAGGCGCUUCGCGGCGUGCGAUAG